GCCAUCUCUGUUUCCUCUGGUGGACAGGACCCGUCAUGGCGGCAGAGACCGUGUCCCUCUGUCUUUGCCGGUUCCUUUUGUAAACAGAGCUCGUCUGGUUCUUCUUUAAGCCUCGUCAUGGCGGCAGAGGCCGUGUCCCUCCGCGGCUCUGACCUGAAGGAUCCCGCGGUGCUGUUUGACCGGUACAGCACCGAGGACAUCCGCCUGAUCGAGAGGAGAGUCCGAGGAGACAUCGAGCACAAGAAAGAAGAGCUGAGACAGAUGGUGGGAGAGAGAUACAGAGACCUGAUCGACGCCGCAGACACCAUCAGAGACAUGAGACAAAGCUCCCAGAGUGUCCUCCAGGCUGUGACCGACAUGGGACGAUACUGCAGCGGCCUGAAGCACGAGUCAGGCCGGGGAGAGAGCACCCAGAGGGGGUCCCGGCCGUGGCAGCAGCAUUUCUUCAGCACGGCGGCUCAGAUCGCUCUGCUUCUGGACAUCCCAGAGAGAGUGUGGAGCUCUCUGGAGGCCGGACAGUAUCUCAGGGCCACUCAGCUCUACCUCCUGAGCUCUCAUCUGCACAGCCAGCUGCAGCUCCAGCCCUCAUCCCGCAGCUGCUACAGCAACAGCCCCGUGCUCAGCCGCUUCCCCAUCCUGGUCAGACAGGUGGCCACCACGGGACAGUUCAGGUCCAGUAUUCUAGUUGACAGCCGCUCGGUGCUGCGGGGCCGGGCCGUGUCGGACCAGGCCAUCGCAGAGGCUCUGGUGUCCUGCAUGCUCCUGGAGGACAGCUCCCCACGCCAGGCUCUGUCACACUUCCUGUUGGCCCGAAAGGACUCCAUCCAACAGCUGCUUACCCAGCCUCAGCACGGCGCAGGGAUCAAGGCCCAGGUGUGCAGCCUGGUGGAGCUGCUGGUCACCACCCUGUUCCAGGCCUACGCCGUCUUUUACCUGCCCCCAGACGGAAGCCCUAAGCCCCCCGAGGGAGCCUUGAGCUGUGGCCUCCUGUUCUCCACCAUCCAGAGUGUCACCACCCCUCCAGCCCCAGGACAGACCCGGAGCGUCCUCCAGGACCACAGCAGCACGGCCAGCUGGUCCAAACACCUGCCCCCCUCCACCCUCCAGUUUCAGCCCACGCUCAAGACGCUGGCCCAGCCCAUCCAGAGCAGUCACCUCCGGGACGCGCUGCAGCAGUGGAUCCACACCUGUCAGGAGGACCUGUCUGUGGGAGUGACGUCUCUGUUGGUGUAUGUGAAGAGCCUGAAGGGUUUGGCUUCGAUCAGAGACGCCGUCCUGGAGCUGCUGUCCACAGACACCAUCACCCAGCACUGGGACAGUGUGUGUGAGAGUCUGCUGGAGCGCCCCCUGCUGCUGUGGGACCACUUCCUGGAGCAGCUCUGCCUUAACCGACUUCAGGCCAUCACCAAAGAAGAGACUGAGCGUAUCUCCAGCAGCUGUGUGGAGCUGCUCAGCUCUGCUCUGUCUGAUCUGGAGGGCUGCGGCUCCUCGGCGCCCCCUAGAGCUCAGCUAGAGGCAGACGUGGCGUCGUUCCUGUGGUCUGAGAGUGCGGGGGAUCUCCUGAGCGACGCCGCCUGGGUGAGCGUGGCUCAGAGGGGGCAGCAGCAGCGCAGCGGCCUGGCCAUGAAGACCCAGGCCCUCACCCCCUGUGUCCAGAGCCUCUGCUCCAGCCUGGACACACAGCUGAGGGCCCGACUGGACGACCUGCAGCACUACCUGCCUCCUCAGGACUCUGAGUCCAGCUCCGGGCCGUCUGGAGUCCAGAGGAAGGACUGUCCCGCUGAAGAGGCUCUGAGACAGGGCAGUGUGGCCUGUGUGCGUCACAUCCUGCAGCACAUCCGCUCUCAGCUGUCGCCCCGUCCCGACAACCUCACGCCGGUGUUGUUCUUGGCUCGUCUUUGUCAGUCCAUGGCCGAGCUGUGUCCCUCUCUAAAGCAGUGCAUUCUGGGUAAACAGACAGAGUCGCAGCCCACCCCCAAAGGCACGCCUCGACAGGGAAAACUGCCCCGAAGCAGCAGGCCCACAGAGGCCAGUCCCGCGCAGGCUCAGUGGGCUCAGGUCAAAGAGGAGCUGCUCUCCUGCAGCAUGGAGGCGUAUCGCAUCUGGAGCAACGCACUCUCCAAGGUGCUGUUGGACCGGUUUGGCACAGCUCUUCUGUCUCAGUCUCCAGGGACGGUUCUGAGCUGCGCCACCUGCUGGGAGGACGUGGAAAUCCAAGAGGAAACAGAGUCUGGGUCCAGCGUCACGUCCACCAUCCGUCUGCCCGCCCAGCCGUCCUGGUUCGUUCAGGCCCUGUUGUUCGGUCUGUGUGUGGAGGUGAACAGGGUGGGGGGCCAGGCGGUGCCCCGAGCCACACUCCAGGAACUACUGCAAACAUGUGUGUGUCAGGCCCUGGACCAGUACACACGGCACAAGGACAGUGUUCAUCCCGUGACUCAGAACAGAGCCUUACAGCUGCUGUUCGACCUGCGUUACCUCUCCUGUACACUAGGGGGCAAAGCAGAGGAGGGCGGGGCCGCGCAGUCUCAUCAUGAACACAGGGUGCAGGAGGCGUGUGAUUGGCUGGAGAGCUUCAUUGACCCCUUUGACCUGGAUGUGUUUACUCCGCACAUGAACGCCAACCUGAGCCGCCUGUCCCAGCGAACCUCGGUGCUGUUGGGGCUCCUCACGGGUCUGGAGAAGCAGUACUCGUCCCGGAGUUUGGUUCAUUCUCAGGAGGUGUCAAACAUUCUGCCUUUGGCCAACAGUAACAUCAGGUUUGGUUUGCUGCCCCUGAGUUCGUCCAGUUCACGGAAGUCGAAGAGCUCGGGCCGGACCUCAGAGACGUCCCGCCCCCGGGUGUCUCCUGCGUCCACAGCGGCGAGCGAGGACCCCUACAGGCCGGGCAGUCUGUUCAAACAGCUGGCGCAGCAGGAGGACGACGCCGCCGCCUCGUCGCUCUUCAGACUGGGAUGGCUCUCAGGCAUGACCAAGUAACUCACUUAAGGCGUUUGUAAAAGUUUUGUACAAACAAUAUUGUGUAUGUAUAAUUUGAAGAACUGGUGUUAAUAAAACAAGA